AUGACUUCUCAAAAAAGGCCGGCCACCCUCUUGCCGGAAGAAACCUACAUUGACGAUCACUCGGAUGAAACCAACACUGAAUGGGAGAAGAUCACGCAAGACUCAGUCGUAUUUGAAAGAGAAUGCAUUGAAGAUGAUCUCACCGAGCAGAAACGAGUGAUUCUAUUGCAGGAAAAUCCUAGCAGCAGAAGCCACUGUCGCUACUGGGGCUGUGUUCCUACAAAGUUAAAUGGAGAACCUAACAUCCGAUCUGCCUUUCGAUUCAACUUGAAAGACGUUUCUGGUCGGUACUAUGAAACGAACCAGUACUAUCAUGUGUCAUGCCUGGAGCAAAUAUAUCCUGACCUGGGUGCCUUGGUAGAGCGCGGGGCCAUGAAAAUGGAAGGGGGGGUCAAUCAUCUGAACUCAGCCAGCUGGAAACUAUCACGCUUCCACAACGCCAUUGAGGAUUGGUUCCGCUAUAAUGGCCGCACUUUCGAAGUGAAGGCAUACGAUCGAUUUCAAAGAGAACAUGCUAAUUGGGACCGAAAAGCCAGCACGAUGGAGAUUAAACAUCAACUCAACACUCAUGGGGGUAGUUCAAAGAAUUGUGAGAAGUGUGGAGAAAUACCGGAUGAACCGCUGAGGAGAGAUUAUUUUCCGGAAGAACCACGCAGCAAGUUACUAAGUGAGGUUCUCGCCUCUGUGAUUAGCGUGCCAAACUUGGAUGAAGUAGAUGGAAGCUUGAAUACUCACUGUGGUAAGAAGAUUCGGCGCGGGUAG